AAAACAACACCCAGAAACGAAGGAAAGCAACCCAUUGCCAACACGAUGUUGCCACGGUUCGUUCUGGUGUCGCUGUACUCUCUCUUUGUUGAAUUCUUCAAAUUCAACCAUCUACGGCGUUUCAAUACGCUCGACCACUCCAAUCAGCAGUCGUCUUGUCUUCUUCAGAUGCGCAAAGUCUCUUUCUUUCCCUACUACACAUCUCAAAUGGGAAAAUUAAAGCUGGUUGCUCAACUUUGGGGGCAGGUUCCUCUUGCCUUGGGUACUUUCUGGCUUCUUCUCUGGACUCCUCACAUCAAGAAUGGGUUCAUGCAAUUGUUUUAAGACAAUGAUUUGCUUAGGAAAGUCAAAAGGUAGUUCAAAGAAAGCAAAGGGAGAUCUACCUUCAGGGAAACUCAGUGCAGUGGAGUCAAACAAUCACAGAGGAAAAGGUUUUAGUGGUGUAGAGAAUGGUAUUAAAAGUGAAAGUCUGGUGUUACCUGGGGUCUCAGUUGAAACAAUUGCUGCAACAAAAAUCCAAACAGCAUAUCGGGCUUAUAAGGCAAGAAAAUCUCUGCGUCGUUUGAAAGGGUUUGCAAAAUUAAAGAUCAUGACUCAACGUCACUCUGUUAAAAAGCAAGCUGAGACAACUUUAACUUAUCUUCAUGAAUGGAGCAAGGUACAGAGUGAGAUUAGAGCUCGCCGAAUCUGUAUGGUGACAGAAGACAGGAUCAGACGGAAGAAGCUAGAGUCACAACAAAAACUUGAGGCAGAGCUCCAUGAUCUAGAGGUUGAAUGGUGUGGUGGCCCUGAAACCAUGGAGGAAAUCCUUGCAAGGAUACAUUACAGAGAAGAAGCAGCAGUAAAACGGGAAAGAGCCCUUGCAUAUGCCUUUUCUCAUCAAUGGAGAUCCAAUUCUACACAGAACCAAGGGCUGGGAAAUUAUGAACUUAACAAAGCUAACUGGGGUUGGAGCUGGAAGGACCGCUGGAUCGCCGCUCGCCCAUGGGAAAGCCGUGUUGGCAAUACACCUCCUAGAAAGUCUCAAACUAAGCAAGCUAGCAAGGUUCAAAAGUACAGGAACUCUUCAACAUCUAAAAGUGCUGUUUCAGUUAAGCCAACAAUGGCUAAUCCAAAAGCUAGGAGAUUGUCUUACUCAGACAUAGAGAAAACUGUGACACAUGAAGUAAAGCUAUAAAUACUCUGGAUGCUAACAAAGAAUGCACACACACACACACACACACACACACACAAAGCAUAUGUCACAUGGGAAGAGCCAAAACUGAAGAGCACUAGUAAGCAUCUUAUUUAUUCAAAUCGGUUUACUCCCUUCUUCUGCACAUACAGAUGGAAGCUGGUGAAAUUCAAACCUUUAGAUUGUUAUUGGUUGGUUUUUGUUUCUUCUAUUUUCUUCCUCAAUAAUGUAUAUUUAAAGUACAGACCAAGAGUCAACUGAAGAGUUCGUCCCCCCCCCCCCUGUUAAUGUCAUACAAAUUCUUGCAGCCAUUGCAUUUGCAGUUAA